AAAAAAUGGAAUCCGACAUUAAUAUAUAAAUGAAUAAUAUUGGAUUAGCUCCGAUCGUUGCGUUUUGAGAAGAAGAGGAGGCGAGCAGGGGGUGGGAGCUCUCCUCAAGUGAACCCUGUGAACUGGCGUGAACCCGUCAGUGACCACGGCAAGGUCAAAACGUUACCUGUCACCUGCACAACGGUAGAGGCUUUUAGAGGAGAAAGGGGAACAACAUGGCUCUGUCGCAGUGCCUGGAAGACUCACCUCUGAGGUUUGGUCUAAAACGCACCGGGGUCGAGGACCUGAACCUACAGGAGGUGUACAACGAGAGACACCGACUGGCUUUGGAGGAGCUGUUAUCGGGAGGGUUGGACAACUUUCUGGACUUCCUCAGGAAAGAGAGGAUCCCCAACUUUCUGUCGGACGAUGAGAUGCAGCAGAUCAGGAGCUCCGCCGUGUCCCCGCAGUGUGUGUCCCUCCAGGACCUGACUCUGGAGCAGUCGCUCAGCAGCUCCCUGGACUGCUCCUCCGUCACCUAUUUCCCCGAGGUGUCUGACGUGGAGCCGCCGCUGCUGGAGCUCGGCUGGCCCGCCUUCACCGCCGGCUCCUACCGGGGAGUCACACGGGCCGUGGCGCACUUCCAGCCCAGCUACGGCGAGUGCAUAUAUAGCUGCAAGGAGGCUGCGAGGCGUAUGAUUAAAAGUGCCAGAGAGGUGAUUGCCAUAGUUACAGACUCCCUGACAGACCUGGAUAUCUUUAAGGAUCUUCAGGAUGCUUGCUCCCAACGCAAAGUCCCUGUCUACAUCCUGCUGGACCAAUCAUGUGCUCCUGCUUUCCUCAAGAUGUGCAGAAAUGUUGGCGUUCGCCUGGAUGACCUUCGGCAAAUGAGGGUGCGAACCGUAACAGGUACAACCUAUUACAUGAGAUCAGGGGCGAGGAUUACUGGGGAGGUUCAUGAGAGGUUCAUGCUCAUUGAUGGAAACAGAGUGGCUACAGGUUCCUACAGGUACAACUGGACUGAUGGCAAACUAAACAGCAGCAACCUAGUUGAGCUCUCUGGCCAGAUAACAGAGAAAUUUGACGAGGAGUUCCGCAUCCUGUACGCCCAGUCUCUACCUUUAAACACCCGAGGACCUCAAAGUGUUCGAAACAGCGGCAUCUACGAGCAUCUCCUCAUCAAAAACACAGUCGCCUCCUCCCCUCGCCUGGCCACAGAGAGGUAUGUAGAGCCAGUGUGUCUGACCAGCACACCCAGCCGUAAGCCCCUAAACUCAGCCGUCCGGCCCCCGUGUGAACCCUCUACUCCAGAUCUUCGUAAAACCAACCUAGUGUCCGACUCCUCCACCAUAGGUGAGGACUGGACGGAGCAGCAGGGCAUGCAGGAGGAGAUCCUGGCUGGUUGCACCAGUCAGCGUUUCCCUGCAGAUCAGCAAGCAGAGAAAGAGCCAGUGACCUGCAGCACCGUCUCCUGCCACGCCUCCACUCAGACCAGCCGGUCGGUGACGGACAGUGACACCCAGACUGACCUCCAGCUCAAACAGCACCCCAACCUCAUCACACCAACGAGCACAGCUCCAAACCAGGCCUCCUCUCCUUCUUUUAACUCUCCCAGGCAGAGCUCGCCCACCCAGGCAGCUCCAGACGGCACCUUAAAGGACUGCUUCCACAAGCUGACCAAAGAGCGCCAGCACCACUACUCCACCAUCCGCUCCAAGCUGGAGCACAUGGUGACCGCCCUGUCCCAGCGGAGAGAGCUAGCAGACAUCACUAACAUGACUCAGGGGCCUGGCGCUCACAGCAGGCAGAGGGAACACAAAGACUGUGAGCAGGAACCAAACCCCAGACAGCUUGUUGAAAGUGCGGGCAUGGGCACAUGGCCAAGAGCCAGAUGUGAACACUAGUUUGUCUUCAGGGAUUUUGGAGGUGGAGGGUAGCAGGGGAAGAGCUGUUGCAAGGUUUCUUGAGGAUUCUCUGUUUCAAAUCAACUGUUUUGGCUUAUGUAGUAGAUUCUAGAUUUUUCUAUUUGUCCUUUUGGCUGUAGGGAUGGGAAUUAAUAGGAUUUUAAUGAUACCGAUUCCAAUAUCGAUUCUGCUUAUCAGUUUGAUGCUUACUAACAAUGUAAUUCUCUUAUUGAUUCCUGAUCAUUUCUCUGUGUGGAACACUGUAGGCGUAGAGUGUAGAAACUAAUGACACUGGGGUUGGGCGAUGUCUACUGAACUGGCAUACGAUGAUGUCACCAAUAAAACAUUAUGAUGGACAAUAAUGUUAUCUGUGCAAGUCAUCAUAACUGAUCAACUCAUAUUGGCAUAAAACCUGCCACAGGAACUAUAUCCACCAUUACGAAUAUAAAGAUUUCUGUUAUCUUGUCAAUCAUGAUGUCCUUUUGUGAGAAAUCUGAAUUUUACUGUUUUUACAUAUAGUGAAGCCUAAAGGAACCUGCACCCCAGUGUUUGGUGCUGGCAUCGUCCAUCAGCCUCACCCUACAGAAAACCAACUGCCUUUCUGUGAAGACAUCUCCCUUUGACAGUUUCUUCCUCUCAGCCACGACUUCUUCUUGUUACAGAUUUCCAGCAGUGCAUGAGUCUGACGUCAUUGUUUUGAAGUCAGAAAAACAUGCCAGCAUUAUUAAGAGGAAUUGUUAAGCUUGGAGGCAUAUGACUCCAAUGGAUUGGAUAAUUGUGAACUGGUUCUUGAUUCCCGUCCCUACAUGUCUGCAGUGUCCACUUUUGUCCUUUUUAUUCCCUGUCCUGUCCAUAUCAAAGACAUUUUUUUGAGUGUUGCUAAUGCGGAAUUUGUAAUUGACAGAAAUGUUAUAGUUUUUAACCAAAGACACGGUGCAAUAAUCAUUGUUUGACCAUGUCAGUUUAAUGAAAAUCAUUUGCUGAGGCAGUAAACACUGGAUAAUAUCUGCUGCAGUAUGAGUGGAAAUGCUUUAAAGUGCUGUUUUGGUUAUUUAAUCACAUUUGGCUGCUGUAACUGCAUCUGAACAACAUUCCAGAGAGCAGCUGGCUCUCACUGCGCUUUGCUAAUAAACAAAGUAGUAUUUUUCUCUG